AUGCAACCCUCAAGACCUGUGCGUAGAGCGGCGGGUCGCGCAGACGCGACUGUUGGGGCCCCACAACACCGCUUUCAACCACAACACAUCCAGAACGGCGUGGAUGGUGACAUGGCAUGGCAGCAGAUGACCGAGCAGAGGGCAGAGCAGAGGGCAGAGCAGCGGGCAGAGCAGAGGGCAGAGCAGAGGGCAGAGCAGCAGGCCGAGCACAGUGCAGAGCAGGCUGGCCCUUGCUCUCCGUCCAUCCCCACCAUUCAAGGCCGCUGCCAUCUGCAUGCUGAAAUGCCCUCUUUGCCUCACCUCCCUCACCUCCCUCAGCUCUCUCACCUUCGUCGCCUCUCUCCUCUCCAUCUCACCUCCCUCACCUCUUACCUCUCUCCUCUCUAUCUCACCUCUCUCACCUCCCUCACCUCCCUCACCUCUCUCACCUCCCUCACGUAG